AUGUGCUCUAGUUUUUACAAAUACGUCAAUGGUUCAUGCAUAACUGACAAAAGCAAAAGUCUCGGAAAACACUGCCGAAGUGGUGGAGAUUGUCGCGGACAAGGCGAAUUCUGCUCAUCAUUUUCGAUUUGUAUGUGCUUGAGCACUCACGUUGACGUCGGCAGCCAAUGCAAACCAGUAAUCUACCCUGGUCAAUUUGGUUGUGAAGAUUCCUUGCAAUGUAGCAAAGGCUUUCCUGGAGCCGAAUGCGACGUUUCUAGAACAUGCGUCUGCCCUCAUGGAAUGUUCGUCAGCCAGCAAACAUGCGUGACAAGUGAUAUUCACACGGCUCAAUCUUCUUUAAUCAACGACAUGAUGUUGCACAAUGUGCUCAUGGCAGAUCAUAGAAUGAUUAAUAAAUCAGACUUCAAAGGUAAUUUCUACCGUAGGAAAGGAUAUGAUACGUCAAGAACUUAUUUAAUCGAGCCAGAUGGAAUUUGUUCGUAUGAUAACCAAUGUGCUGGCUAUCCUCUGUCCAUCUGUGACGGCGUUUGCAAAUGUGUCCAAGGGUCACUGAACACGGGAACGACUUGUAUUUCAUCAUCAACAGCUCUCCAGUCUUCUAUUUCGUGUCCGGCUGGACAAACAUAUAUUCGCGAAGCAGGAGUAUGCAUGACAGCACAACAUCCCGGAGAACCUUGUCAAUAUUCUCAGCAAUGCUCAGCCUUAGAACCCGGAGCAUAUUGCUUGAAAAUGAGAUGCGAAUGCGUGUAUGGAAUGAAAAAAAGCAGCAAUGGUUGUACGUUUGUCAACAAUGAUUGCAAGGAACGAGGCCAUAUAUUCAUUAGUGAAACUGGGGAAUGCAAAAAAGUAAUUCCUCCCGGUGGCAAAGGAUGCUCUCACAAUCUCCAAUGUUCUGGUGCUUACCCGGAUGCAACAUGUUUCAUGCAGACUUGCACUUGCCCUCCAAACCUGCCGGUUGCAGUGGACGGAACAUGUGGAAGAUCGUGUCCAGAAGGAAAAGUUUACUCCGGCGUUACUGGCGAAUGCCUCCCUGAAGUCCAACCUGGAGAUGUUUGCUUGUAUUCAUCGCAGUGCCAAUCAGUAUUUGGCGGUAUGGUGUGCGAUAAGAAUAUUUGUCGAUGCCCAAAUGGAUUGAUGUUCGAUGGAUCCAAGUGUUCACAAACCUGCCCACCACAUAGAAGAUUGAUUCAAAAAGAUAUCUGUGUAGAUGCUUGUUCGGGAGAUACAAUUGAGGCAAAUGGAAGAUGUCUCAGUAUGGUUGAAAUUGGACAACCUUGCACUACUAGCUCACAAUGCAGACAUGGAAGCUUCUGCCAGAAUGGAGCAUGCCUCUGUCCACCAGGAUUUUUUGUCGUAGACAAUCAAUGUCAAGCAGUGGAGAGCGAUCCAAACGGAUCAUGUGCUAACAAUGAAAAAUGUACAAAGGGAUCGGUUUGUUAUAAUGGAAGAUGUACCUGCCCAAGAAAUCAAGAAUUAGUUGGAGGAAGAUGCCAGCCAACCAGAGCAGCUGUUCGUGCUUAUAACAACGCACUAACUAACAUUAAACGAAUACGUCUCAAGUUUGCAAGCCAACCAAGAUUAAACGAAACAGAUAGAACUAAUAAUGUUCCAAUUGGUAGUGCGUGCGUUCGUGUUGGGGUUAAUUGCGAUGGAGGAUCCGUAUGUGUUGCUGGAUUCUGUGUUUGCCCACUUGGAAAAACUCCAAGAAAUGGAAUCUGCGUGAAACACGUUAUUGCUUUACCCGGGGCUAGCUGCGAACAAGGAGAAGAAUGCAGUGAAAAUAGUUAUUGCAAUGAACAAACUUCGAUAUGUGAAUGUGCAAGCUCAUCUCAAAUGGUUGUGGGAAAUCGGUGUGUAGAACGUCUCAGAUCUCACCCAGGAUAUGGAUGCAGCAUGGGAGAAAUGUGUGUUGGAAAUUCAAUUUGUAUCAAUGAAAAAUGUCAAUGUCCACAAGGAAAAGUUGAAGUAAACAAAAUUUGUGUGGAUUUGCUUAAAGUGAACGUGGGAGAUAACUGCGGAAAAGGAAUGGCUUGCGGAGGAGGAAGUUACUGUAAUCAGGAAACAUCAACGUGUACUUGCCCUAAAGGACAAAAAGAAAUUAAAGGAGAAUGCAAGCAGGUUCAAUUAGUUUACCCCGGAGAAAGAUGUCACGAAGUCACCAAUCGGUGUGCUGGAGGGUCUUAUUGUGUGAGAGGGCGUUGCGAAUGUCCAUACAAUAUGCAUAUAGUGGAUAGAAAAUGCGCUCUACAACCGCAAGCUGCACCUGGAGAGCCAUGCAACGAGAAUAUUGUUUGCACAGGAUCCUCAGUAUGCAGAAACGGUGUAUGUUCCUGCCUGAACGAUAUGGUCAUAAAGGAAAAAAUUUGCGUUCAACGUCGAAAAGUCAGCGUUGGAAGCACUUGUGACAAAUACGAUAUCUGCACUGGAAAUUCCAAGUGCCAGGAUAGUCGCUGCCAGUGCCCAGUUGGACAUGUGGUUAGCAAUGAUGUCUGCGUCCAAAGAAAAACAGUUACCCCUGGUUACCUCUGUAAUCCAGAAGAUAUCUGCAUCGGGCAGUCAGUUUGCAUUCGAGGAGUGUGUCAAUGUAAACCAGAUUACAAACAAAUGCAUAACAUUUGUGUGAAAGCCAAUCAAGGACAUGAAGGAAGUACCUGUUCAAUUAGGGAAGACUGUUCGGAUAAUUUGGCAUGUGUCGAAGGAAAAUGCUCUUGCCCUGAUGGACAAUUUUCAGUUGGAGGAAGAUGUCGCAGCUAUAUUGCUCUUGGAAAUACAUGUGGGACUGAAGACCGCUGUGCCGGAGAUAAUGUUUAUUGCUUCGAUGAUCGCUGCACGUGCAAGCAUGGAUAUGCGAUUUCCAACAACGAAUGCAUCAAGUCCAUUGUAGUACCAAAUGAGCCCGAAACUCCUUCACAAGUGAGAUCUGGUCUAAUUGGUCAUUUCUGUUCAACUGACGAUGAGUGUAAAGUUGCCCAUUCCGCAUGCCUUCGUUCUGUGUGUAUGUGUAAAAUGGGUUAUCGCAUCUUUGGUUCAACUCAAUGCAUACCAAGACUCAAGAAAGAAGAAUUGAAGAGUAUUGAAAUCAAGAGACCAACAAUGGUUAAUAUUGGCGACAAAUGUGAUCAAACAUCCAUUUGCCAAAAAGGCGCAAUUUGUGCUAAAGGAAUAUGUGAAUGUCCUGAGGGAUUUGCUGAAGCUAACGGAGCAUGCACAGCAAUUAAUCCAAAAAUUCGAGUAAUUGUACCACCUCUUUCGUCAUGUGCUCGUGGUGAAAUAUGUUCCGGCAACAGUGAAUGUGUUCAUGGUAUGUGCUUCUGCCAAGAGGAAUUCACAUUGUACCAUGGGAAGUGUCAACCCUUGAAAAAAGUUGAAAAAAUGAGAAUCAUUGAGUCCAAGGGUCGAGUGAGUCAGACGACUACAUCUGCCCCUAUAACCACUGCUACCACGACGCCUACAACGUCUACCACCACUACAACGACUACUACAACAACUACCGAGGCGCUUGUUCAGAAGUUUAUUGAAACCACUUCGACGCCUUCUAUCACUCCAAUAAAGAUUUUAAUGAAAUUAACAACGCCACCAACGAGUACGACUACCCCAGUAACUCCAUUUUGGUUCAAAAUUGUCAAACCUGGGCACCCUUGUGAUUCCUCGUCAUAUUGCACAAAUUGUUCUGUUUGUAUUAGUGGUUUUUGUGUUUGUCCUGAAGGCUUGGAGAUUCAUGGUGAAAGAUGUGUCAGUCAUAUUGACGCGCAAAAGUGCGUCGCAUCUAAUCAAUGCCCUUCUGGUGCAAAUUGUGUUCGUGGUGAAUGCCUAUGCAAACCAGGAUUGGGACUUUCCAGACUCGGCUUCUGCAUUCCAAUUAAUUAUGCGGAUCCCGGAACUUCUUGUUCACAUGGAGAAAAAUGUCGAGGAGAUUCACAUUGCGUUGAUGGCUUCUGCGUAUGCCAAGAUCCAUUGAUUCUAAGGGAAAAUAGAUGCGUUCCAACAUCUCGAGAAAAACGUUACAUUAGUGACACAUUUCACAAAAUGGUGAAAUUCACACCAAGAAAAAAGGCGAAGCUUGGGGAAUUUUGCUCGAAAAAUGAGCAGUGUGCAAAGCAGACGAUAUGCGACAAUGGUCUUUGCACAUGCUCCAAAAACUUACUUCAAUCUGGGUUUGAAUGCGUUCCAAAGUUAUCAGUUAUAACUGUCAUUGUGGGUCCAGGAGAUUCAUGCCGUGGAGCAUUUUGCACAGGAGGAUCAGUUUGUACAAAUCUCAUAUGUAGAUGUCCUGAUGGUUAUUACAAGUUGAAUGAGAAAUGCGCGAAGAAAGAAGCGAGAAUUGGGGCCCCUUGCAGUUUAACAACGCGCUGCUCCGGAGGAUCAGAAUGCGUUUCUUCUUAUUGCCAAUGCCCAGAUAAAUAUAACGCAGAUUUGGACGAAUGCUAUCCAAACGAUCAACCGAAAAAAUCUGUUAAAAGUUUCCCUACCAAAAAAAGUCAAAGUGGGCAAGUUAUUAGUGCUUCUGCCGUCAACUGCCCAAUUGGUUAUGAAUUGGUGAAUGGGAUGUGUGUUAAUAAUGAAAACUUGUCAAUUAUUCAAUUAGCGGAACCCGGUGAUUCUUGCGAAGACGGUAGAAUAUUGUGCACUGGUAACUCUGUGUGUGCAAAUAAUAUUUGCAUAUGCCCCGGAGGCGAAGUUAUACGAAAUAAUACGUGUAUAACUGUCAACUCAUACUCUGCUCCUGGCGAAGUUUGUGACGUGGAAGAUACUAUUUGUACAGGAAACUCUAUCUGCCUUGAUGGAAUCUGCAAGUGUCCUAGCAAUCAGGGUGCUUUAAAUGGAAAAUGCACAAACAUGGGAGUAAUGAUUUGUAUUCCCAGUCAGUGCGGGGUCAAUCAGAUAUGCAUCAACAAUCAAUGUAAUUGCAAAGAGGGAUUUUAUUCCCCAAAUGGCGAUUGCCCUGGCUCAAAUUGCAAUUGUGUGGCAAGGAUUUCAACGAAUCCCACAUGUAUUGGCAACGGAUGCAAAUUAUCUGCAAUUCCCUCACCAUUUUUUGGAAUGCCUGGUCAGAUGUGUGACAUGAGACCUGGCGCAAUUCCAUGCCGAAAUCAAGCUGUUUGCGUCAACAAUUUCUGCGCGUGCCCUUCAAAUCGCGUGAUCAGUGGAAACAAUUGCGUUCAGUAUAUGGGAGACGCGCUACCGGGUCAAUCAUGUAGUGCCGAAGGAAUUAUAUGCCGAGGAGGUUCAACGUGCUAUCAAAAUAUUUGCCAGUGUGAUCCUGGGCUGAUUCCGAUACAAGAGAAAUGCACAAUUCAAAUUCGCAUUACUAUAAAUCCUCGAUUUUUUGUUACAACUCAACCAAGUAUUUUUGAUUUAUUACCUGGUCAACCAUGCGAUCCGAGCUGCUCGUUUCAGCCUUGUCUGCAAAGAUGUAGCGGUGGGUCAUCUUGUAUCGCUUCUAUUUGCACUUGUCCAACUGGAAGCUAUGUUUUCAACAAUUUGUGUACUCCAGUGGUAGAUAAUAAUAACUAUACUAGAACGGCAAGACCGGGAGACUUCUGCGACAAUCAAAUAGUUUGUAUUGGGGGUUCAUCAUGCAUAAUUGGAACAUGCGCUUGUGAUUCCGGUUACACUCCGAGUGCCGAUCGGACUUCGUGCGUUCUCAUUGAUCGUUAUGGUGUUCGCUCAAGAAGCUAUCCAACUUCAUAUUGCACUUUUGAUACGGAUUGUAGUAACGGCAGCAUAUGUGUUGACAAACGAUGCACAUGUCGGGUUGGAGAUGAAAUGGUUAAUGGGAAAUGUCAAACAGCGAAUCAACCGGGCUCCCGCUGUCAUACAAGCUAUUGUAGUAACGAGGCAGAAUGUUACAAUGGUUAUUGUGUGUGUGCAAAAACUCAUUUCUCCAAUGCGACUCUGCACUGCGUUCCAAACCACGAAACAAUGAAUAAGCUUAUAUACCCUGGAUCGAAGUGCGACAAAUCUCAGAUAUGUCUGAACAAUUCAAAAUGCCUCUUAGGAUUCUGUGUUUUUCCAUCUGACACAAGCGAUCAAAGUCUUGGGUUGCUUGAUCCGAGUUCAAGAAAUGCUCAUAAUCAAAAGUCGACAGUCCCGGUUUCUCCAGGAUUUUUGAAAAAAUGUCCAACUGAUGGAUCUUGCCGACUUCCAAACUGUUAUUGCACACCGCCGGAUAAUUCGACACCCCAAAAUAUUCCGGUUAAGCAGAUUCCUCAAAUGGUUAUGCUCACUUUUGAUGACCCGAUAACGGAUAGAAUUAUAAACACAUUGAAAUCUAUAUUUAAUGGAAAAAUCCGAAAUCCUAAUGGAUGUGCAAUCAAAGGAACGUUCUUCAUAUCUCAUCAAUGGAAUAACUAUGACCAAUGCCAAUGGCUUUAUAGUAAAGGAAAUGAGCUAGCAGUGAACUCCAUAACGAGAGAGGAUUUGUCAAAUAGAACAAAGGAGCGUUGGAUGAGGGAGCAGAAGGGGAUGCGAGAUACAUUGACUGAAUUUAGUUAUGCUGAAAAGUCACAUAUUAUUGGAGCUCGAGCACCCAACUUCAAGAUUGGGGGAGACAUACAGAUGAGCAUGCUCUCAGAGAAUGGAUUUGCAUAUGAUAACUCAAUGAUAGUUAAUGGGCAGUAUUGGCCGCAAACGUUGGAUUAUAAACCAUCUUGGGAAUGCGAACCGCCACAAAAGUGUCCGCAAAAGAUUCAUAGAGGCAUUUGGCAAAUCCCAAUUCAAACCGUCCAAGGCAAUGAUGGAUACUGGUAUAGCACCAUGGAUAGAGCAAUAAAGCCAAGCGACUCCCGCCUUUCGGUGAAGCAAAUGUUAAUGAGAAACUUUCUCACCAAUUACAAAUCGAACCGCGCCCCAUUUGUGCUUACUUUAAGCACUGAUUUCUUAACUUAUCUUCCGGAUAAUGGCGCGAUUUACGCUCUACAAGACUUCCUCUCUGAGAUUGUUCAACGUCAAGAUGUUUAUGUGGUCACGGGAUCUCAGAUCAUUGACUGGAUGCAAAAGCCAACAGAGAUUGCUAACCUUCGAAACAUUAAAUCGUGGCAAUGUAGUUUCUUUAUGAACGACCAUAUACAGCCAUGCGAGAGCCCAUCUGUUUGCUCGUACAGUGGACGUUCCGGAAACCAUGUUGCUCACAAGGAGAUAUCUAUACGAUUCGCAGAUGGGAAUUCAACGAAAAGUGAGAGAGAUCUCGCGAAAUUCCUACUCGCUGAUUAUUACCAAUACACGAGGCCCGUCAAAAAUUAUUCGAGUGUUUUGAAUGUGACCGUACAGCCGCAGAUUUAUAAUCUUGUUGAAGUGAAUGAGCAAAAUGAGCAAAUCAAGAUUUUGCUCUGGUUCCCUCAGAGCUGGCAAGACGAUUAUUUGAGAUGGAACCCAAAAGAAUGGAGUGGUAUUGAAAAGAUUAUAAUUCCGAAGUCGCAAAUUUGGAUUCCGGAUGGGUAUAUAUUCAACACAGUUGAAGAACAAGAGCCUCUAGAAAAUCACAACGCACGAGUACGAUUUGAUGGAAGAGUAGAAGUAGAUUUCAAUAAACUAGUGGACUUAACGUGUCCAAUGUCAGUUCUUUCAUUCCCAUUCGACGUUCAAUUAUGCGCCCUGCAAUUUGGUUCCUGGUCAUAUCAGGCUCACGCGAUUAGCUUUAACGUGCUCGACACUUUUGUUCCAAAGAAUAGUAAGAACUCAGAAUGGGAUAUUGUGUCGUUUAACGCGACAAAAAUUGUUACGAAAUAUGAGGACACGCUAGGCGGUUAUAAUGUUUACGAGGAAAUUUUCUAUUACUUGGAACUUCGAAGGAAGCCAUUGUACUAUAUUGUUGUUAUUUUGUUACCUUCAUUUUUAAUCGUGACAAUCUCAAAUAUCGGAUUAUUCACGCCUCACGGGGUUCAUGGAGAUCGAGAAGAACAUGUAUCAUUGGGUCUUACAACAAUGCUCACCAUGGCAGUCAUUUUGGAUAUGGUUACAGGCCAAAUGCCUCGGAGUAGCGAAGGAAUUCCUCUGCUUGGAAUGUACGUUUUAAUCGAAUUUGUGAUAUCGGUUAUUGCGGUGCUAGUGUCCGUUGUAAUCAUAUUUGCUCAUGAAAGAAUGCUCUACCUUGAAGCCACGCCACCUUAUUGGGUUCAAAGGCUCUUCUCUAACGAUAAAAUCUGUGUAGAAGAAAUUGAAGAGGAUUUCUGCUCAAAGCCAUCUGACAUGAUCCAAGAGCUGAGGUUCUGCAUGGAUGAGAUCAGAAAGUAUAUCGAUGAUCAAGAGUCUUCCGAAAGAGUGCGAAUCAUCUGGCAAAGAUUUUUCUCAUGGGCAGACAUAUUGUUCAGCAUAUUUUUCUUUGUUGUUAAUUGUUUGGUGACCUUUUACAUGUUCAUGGAAUUUAUGUUCUAA